CCCUCGUUUGUAUCGCCACCUUCUGGCUUUCUCUUCAAUUCUAUCGCCCAUUUUCCUCUAAAGAAGCCUAAUAAUUUCUCAUACAUCAUUCGUAAAUUUCAUCAAUCGCAUUAAAUUCUCCACUUCAUUUGUUGUUUUUAAUUAUUUGCAUAAUAAACGUAUUGGAAUCGUCAUUCAUCAAUGGCUUCUUUCAGCAUUCCUUGUACUAAGAUUUCCUCUCUGAUGGGUGCUUCAUCGGAGUCGGAGAACCGUCAUGAGCAUCGCCCGUGUAUCGCAUCGUUCCCUCGUUCUGAUUCCAGAUCGAAUCUGGGCCCGUUGUUUCUCACUCAGGAAUGUAGCCGGAGCCAAUCUGAUGUUUUUAAGGUGUGUGCACAGCUAAGUGAGGUUGCUGUUGAGAAAGUAUCAAAUUCUGCACCAGCUCUUGAGGCAAAAUUGGCCGAAGAAGUGGAAAGCCAAUACACAGUUCCAGAUGCAGCAUCCAUUUCAGCAUUUAUGACCCAAGUGGCAGAUCUUGUCAAGCUUGUAGAUUCCAGAGAUAUUAUGGAGUUGGAGCUUAAUCAAAUGGACUGUGAAGUCCUUAUAAGAAAAAAGGAGGCAUUGCCACAACCAUCAGCUGCAGCUCCUGUUUUUUAUGCACAACCUUCCGCUCAGCAGGCUUUGGUUUCAGCACAACUGCCUCCUUCAAAUGUCCCUGCUCCUACUUCUCCAGUCCAUUCAACUCCAGCUUCAGUGCCAGUAUCACAUGCUCUGGCAAAACCAAAGUCAUCAUAUCCUCCUCUAAAAUGUCCUAUGGCUGGAACAUUUUACCGUUCUUCUGCCCCAGGGGCACCACCUUUCGUGAAGGUGGGAGAUAAAGUCCAAAAAGGGCAGGUAGUAUGUAUUAUUGAAGCCAUGAAACUGAUGAAUGAGAUUGAGGCUGAUCAAUCCGGAACCAUAGUUGAUAUACUUGUAGAUGAUGCGAAACCUGUCAGCGUGGACAUGCCUCUAUUUGUCAUUGAGCCAUGAAAGGAAAAAAAAGUUAAUCCUCCUAUUAAGUUCGGUAAUUGAAGGCAUAUUAAGUACCAACUUUCUUCUUCUUCUGCUCCUUGGGAUUAUAGCAUUUAUCGGUGUUGCAAGAGUCUUAGUGUAUUUUUCCUAUUUCAGCUUAAGCUAUAUGGUGCUUGUUAAUUUCAGAACAAUACAAUUUCCUAUGCAAAUAUUUUGGUACUUUAAAUAUAGUGUGGUAUCCCUCUCAGUGGAGAUCUUUCAUUUAUUAGUUCACUUAUCAAUGACUUA